GACGGCGGCCAUGGAAACAGGAGGGAGCGGUGGGGGCGGGUGGAUCGGGUGACUUGGGGUAUUUUUUUUAGUUUUUUUUCCACGCAUUUAUAUCGAUUUUAUUUGAGCCGCUGGUGUGAACACGGGGCAGAUUUCACACUCAUGUGAUGUUAAAUCCGGAGCGAGCGAGCAGGUAUUAAAAGGGCGCAGAUUUUAGUAGCGAGUUCAGACAGUGAUCAUGGAGAUCCUCCGACAUUCAGAGACAUUCGUGUGUCGGGAAGAAACACAGCGGAGAAACACAACCCGGUGUCUUUAGAUGGCUUUUAUCCACAGGGUUUUAGCUGCAGGGUAGAUCAUAGCCGGCGUCCCCCCCCCCAGUCUGACCCCCUUUGACUUUCUGAUCAGGAGUUUGUUUUUAUAUAAAGCGUCUUAUAUUUUUUUAGAUCUUUUAUAUCAAUGUUGUUUUUUAUGCACGCCUACUUCUUUUUUUUACUAAAAUGCCUAGAAAGCACUAGUUAGUCUUUUUUAUUGUUAGUAUUAUUUUUUGAAACCAAACCAAAAUAUUUGCAAUCAUGAGAUCUUCUCUGGCUCCUGGUAUCAGACUGAUCACUGCUUUCUCCAGAGACAGCUGGUACAGAGGUUUCAUCCUCCUCCUCACGUUCCUGUUCUACACGGCGUACCAUCUCUCACGCAAACCCAUCAGUAUCGUCAAGAGUCAAUUUCAUAGAAACUGCUCCUUGGUCAUUCGUCCGGCUGACCUCAAUGUGACGGAUAAUUCCACCUGGUGUGACUGGGCUCCUUUUGACCAAGACAACUACCAGAACCUGUUUGGAUGGCUGGACAACUGCUUUCUGGUGGCCUACGCCAUCGGCAUGUUCUUCAGUGGGAUUUUUGGCGAGCGGCUGCCCCUGCGUUACUACCUCUCCGUCGGGAUGCUCCUCAGCGGCCUUUUCACCGCGCUCUUCGGCCUGGGCUUCUACUGGAACAUUCACUCCUUGUGGUAUUACUGUUUAGUGCAGGUUUUAAAUGGGCUGGUUCAGACGACAGGCUGGCCGGCGGUCGUCGCGUGUGUUGGCAACUGGUUCGGAAAGGGGAAGCGAGGGUUCAUCAUGGGCAUCUGGAACUCGCACACCUCUGUGGGGAACAUCCUGGGCUCGCUCAUCGCCGGCGCAUUCGUCUCAACCGCCUGGGGCUUGUCCUUCAUCGUGCCCGGCAUCAUCAUCGCUACUACAGGAGUCAUCUGCUUCUUCUUUUUGGUUGAGCAUCCUGAAGAUGUGAACUGCACCCUACCACAGCACCAUGAGAGUUUGGAGCAAGAACCUUUGCUGAGGAACUCCCUGAACAGCGAGGAGAUCUUCAACAAUCACGCGACCGCAGUGAUUGAAGCCGGGGAGGAGAAAGCAGAGGCUAUCAGUUUCUUUGGAGCUCUCAGGAUACCUGGCGUGGUGGAGUUCUCCCUCUGUUUGCUUUUCGCUAAGCUGGUUAGCUACACAUUCCUCUACUGGUUACCGCUAUACAUCGCGAAUGUCGCCCAUUUCGAUCCUAAAGGAGCCGGGGACAUGUCGACACUCUUUGACGUCGGGGGAAUUCUGGGUGGCAUCCUAGCUGGGCUUGUUUCAGACUACACCGGCGGGAGGGCGUCCACCUGUUGGGUCAUGCUAAUCGUUGCUGCUCCUAUGCUCUAUGUGUACAACCUCGUCGGGCAGAACGGCGUUUCCACCACCAUCGGUAUGCUGCUGUUUUGUGGCGCGCUUGUGAAUGGACCCUACGCCCUCAUCACCACGGCUGUGUCAGCUGACCUGGGAACCCACGAGUGUCUGAGAGGAAACUCCAGGGCUCUGUCCACCGUUACAGCUAUUAUUGACGGCACAGGAUCAAUAGGUGCCGCCAUUGGGCCUCUUCUGGCCGGCUUGAUCUCUCCUACGGGCUGGAAUAACGUUUUUUACAUGCUCAUCACUGCUGAUAUACUCGCCUGUCUGCUCCUCUCCAGACUGGUGUUUAAGGAGGUCCGAGGAUGGUGUGGCUACUCUACAAGAACGAGAGGGUGAGAAUUAUGGACGAAUGUUCAUGCAGUUCACAUUGAAAGUGCAGGUUCAAAGAGAUCUGAGGCGCACGGCCGACAAGUAAACAUCACACCUGCAGUGGGGGGGACGCCGGCGACAACAAAACCCAGACCAGACCAGAUUUCUCGAUCCAUUCAUCCAUCCGUUACACAAAGCUGUUUUUUUUUUUAAUAUGGGACCCUUUUUAUCUUUUAUCGAAAAGAAACAAAAAGCCCAGCGUUGUAAUGAAAUGAAAUGAUGGCGGUGGACACACGUUUUUUUAUGAGGGGGGAAAAAGAACAGAAAAGGAAAAAAGAAAAGAAAGAAAGCAGGAGAGAGAAUCAGAGCUCCUCGAUUUGAUCUCAACCGUGUCGGAUUUUCGAUUGGAUAUCAAUCAUUAAAAUAUGCUAGCAAUGCAUAUUUGCUUUUA